AUUCGUAUAUUUACAUCUUUCCCUGUGUUUCCAAGCAAUGCUGAUUUUCCUGAUUUUGGGUCCCUUUUCCUGAUUUUUUCUUCGAAAAUUCCUGUCCUGAUUCCUGAUUUUUCACAUGACACCGCUGCGACCCCUGGAGUUCUAAUAAGAAGCAUCUAAUAUCGAAGGCAAGAGAGGAUAUAGACGUUUCUGAAAAAGACAAAAUAUAUAACUUCAUAGAAAACUUUUCAAAUUAGAAAAAUUCAUCAUUCAUCUAUUAGUUUUCAAACUUAAAAAACUAAUUGUUUUUUUUUUUAUAAAUUUUUCUAGUAUUAGCAAAUCAUUUAUUAUUAGCUGUUGAACAAAAUCAAUCAUGGCAGCGACAAGAAUCAAUUAUUCAAUUAGUUGGUGCCGGCUCAGAAUAUGUUCCACUUGAUGAAAAUCAAAUAUUACCACGAAUUUUUUCACUUUUACCAAAAUUAAAUUUUUGUAAUAGUUCAAUUAUAAAUGCAACUCUUAUGGUGCUUGGACAAUACAGUAGUUGGUUAGGUCAUCAUCAAGAAACAUUACAAAAUUGUGUACAUUUAUGUAUUAAUGCAUUAUCAAAUCCUGAAUUAAUUCAAUCAGCUUCAAUUGCUUUAAAAGAAUUAACCAUGGAAAAUCGUAUGUAUAUGUCAAAAUAUCUCAAUGAUAUAUUUCCAAUAAUUAAAAAUGUUCUUGAGAAUGUUCAUGUUCAACCAAAUGAUCGUAUUCGUUGUGUAGCAAUAAUUGGUUAUAUUCUAUCAGCAUAUGCAUCAAAAAUUGUUAUUGAUCAUUUAAAUAUUUUACUUGCACCUGAAGUUAAUAAAUUACUUGCUUAUUUAUCUGAAACAAAUGUUGAUCAGAAUACAAUUUUACGGAAACAAAAUAUUUGUACAACAUUAAGUUUUAUAUCUGUUCUUAUUACUACUAUUGGCUAUUGUGGUGAUCAAAGUGAUGUUGAUGACAAUGAUCAACAACAAAAAGCAGCUGAAAAUAUUAGCGAAAUACCUGAAGUGGUAUGAUAUUAAAUGUUUGUCUUUUUUCUAAGAAUAAUUACUAACGUGAACUUAGAUAGAUAUUAAAAUAAAAGUUUUAAGCCGGUUUUGAUAUUGAUAAUGUAUUCUUCUGCGAUUAGAACAUGUCGAUGUGCAACAUUUUUGAGCUUGGGCUUGGUUGAUCAAACUUUUUCAGAUCCAGAUUCGGAAUAUAUUCCUAAUUUCAGCGAAAUAUUUUUAGUCCGAUGAGAGAAGUUCUCCAAUUGAUAAAUCGAUUUUGAGUCAAGACUAUGUGCAGUAUGUAGAUCUAAGUGAACUAAGAAUAUCCUGAAAAGAGUUCAUACCACUAGUUUAUAUGCUACGGAGAUAUUGUUCUUUUAUAGUAUUUUUUUAAAUGAAUACUGUGAUAACAGAAAAGUUGGUUUUCGAAUUUCGACGUGAACCUUUGAAUAGAGAUAGGCCUUGAUGAAGAGAAUUUACUAUGAAUGUUUCCAAUCUUGUUACUGUUUCUAUCGUAAGAUACAACUAUGAUAAUAGUGUAUCUUUACAUCGUUCAUUUUAGAGCAUUUACAGCUCCUUUGGCUCUACAUAACGUACAUAGUCUCAACUCAAAAGAAAGGACGGGGGCGUAUAAGGGUCAUUUUUGGGCCCUCGUCAAUUUUGGUUGAUUCAUAGUUUACUAGAUGCAGAAUUUCACGAGGAAUCGUUUGGUA